AAUGGAAGGGAAAUCGUGAGAGUGAGAUUUGAAGGGUUUAGAGGACUUUUGAAAUGUGAAGGUAAUUAUACUUAGUUUUUAAAAUUGUGGGGUAAAAAAAAAACAAGCAUUUGUGUAGAUGUAAACAAAGUAAGCCACCUCGUAUAAAUUCUCUGUUUGUCAUUCAGUCGUCACAUUUCGCUCGUUUUUCUUUUCCAUCUUGGUAUCGUGUCUCGGUUCACCGGUGAAGGCCACAGCCGCAAUUUGUGUAUUGAACCAUCAAUGAUCUUCAUUCUUCUUCAUUACUUCCCGACUGCCAGGCAAGCCAACCAUCGAUUCAGAAGCAAAUGAAGUCUCGAAUUACAUCCUCUGCCCAAACAUCAACCAUCAAUUUAUGGUUAUCUCAUUUCUGUACUUAAUUUAUACGCCUUGCAUUUCCCACUAGUUUUGUUCCGUUGCAUAGGUAACUGUGUCUUCCCCUCUCCUCUCCCUUUUUCGGGCAUUUCUUUUUAUCUGAGCACCAGGUGUUCGACGAAAUGCCUGAACCAUGCUCGUCUUCACCAACGCAUUUCCCACUUCUUAUUACUUCUUCCCAGCCGAGUUUGGAUGUUUGGGCCCUUCCGUAUUACCCUCCAUUGCUUUCGUACCUAACUCGAGAAGAAGAUUUUGAAAGUUUUUCAUUUUUUUCAUAUGUUCAUAGGUUGGUCUAAUUGAUAUAAGAGUUCACACAGUCAAAAAAAGACAUAUCAGAUAGUUUUGAUUGCUGCAUUUGGACUUCUGUUCCUACUUUGAUUAGUAUCUAUGAGCACCUUAAAAAAUAUCGCAAAGCACCCAACGAUUGCUUUGAUCGAUUCCUUCAUCACGCUCAAAGAGCUCAAACAAAUCCAUACCCAAUUGCUCAUCAAUGGCCUUUUCAAUGAUCGCCAACUUUUAGGCCAAUUUGUUGCAUCCAUUGCCCUCAAAAACCCCAACAAUCUAUUGUAUUCUAAUCAAAUUUUGGACCAAUGUGCCGAUCCAACCUUAUUUGCCUUAAAUUCCAUGAUCAGAGCCUAUUCCAAAAGCUUGACCCCACACAAAAGCUUCCAGUUUUACAAGAAAAUUCUCCAAUCCAAUGAUGUUAUGUCACCAGACAAUUACACUUUCAAUUUUCUGGUUCGGACUUGCGCCCAAUUGUCUGCUUGUGAAGCAGGUCCAACUGUUCAUGGUGCACUUAUCAAACAUGGUUUUGAAUUUGACCCACAUGUUCAAAGUGGGUUAAUCUUUAUGUAUGCUGAAAUGGGUUGUUUGAGUUCAUGUUAUCAUGUGUUUCAAUCAGUUCACGAGCCAGAUAUAGUCUGUCAGACGGCCAUGGUGAGUGCUUGUGCAAAAUGUGGUGAUACUGAUUUUGCACGAAACCUGUUCGACGCAAUGCCUCAGAGGGAUUCUGUGUCGUGGAAUGCUAUGAUUGCUGGUUAUGCUCAAAGGGGGCAAUCAAGGGAAGCUUUGAAUCUGUUUAAACUUAUGCAAAUGGAUGGUGUCAAGGUUAAUGAGGUGUCUAUGGUUUCAGUUUUAACAGCCUGCACUCACUUGGGUGCACUAUACCAAGGGAAAUGGGCACAUGCUUAUAUAGAGAGGAACAAGAUUCGAAUGACUGUCAAUUUGGGCACUGCACUUGUUGAUAUGUAUUUCAAAUGUGGAAAUGUUGAUAAGGCCAUGAAGGUUUUCUGGGAAAUGAAUGAAAAGAAUGUUUAUACCUGGAGUAGUGCCAUAGGUGGGCUUGCCAUGAAUGGUUAUGGCCAGAAGUGCCUUGAACUGUUUUCACUUAUGAAACGUGAAGGAAUUGCCCCUAAUGAAAUCACAUUCAUUUCUGUUCUAAGAGGUUGUAGCGUGGUUGGAUUUGUCGAUGAAGGUCGUUCACAUUUCGAUUCAAUGAAGAGAGACCAUGGCAUUGAACCACAGCUUGAGCACUAUGGUUGUAUGGUGGAUUUAUAUGGGCGAGCGGGGCGGUUGGAUGAGGCUCUAAACUUCAUCAACACCAUGCCCCUUAAGCCACACGCGGGUGCUUGGGGAGCUUUGCUCAAUGCCUGUAGAAUGUACAAGAAUAUGGAGUUGGGCGAGUUUGCCUCAAGAAAAUUGGUAGAGCUUGAAGCCAAGAAUCAGGGUGCUUAUGUGCUGUUAUCGAACAUAUACGCCGACAUGAAGAAUUGGGAAAAAGUAAGUAAUGUGCGUCAAUCCAUGAAAGUUGAAGGCGUAAACAAACUCCCUGGUUGCAGUGUUAUGGAGGUCAAUGGAGAAGUUCAUGAAUUCUUUGUAGGUGACAAGUCCCACCCGAGUUACCAUGCCAUCGAAACGAUGUGGGGAGAAAUCUCUCAACAGCUGAAGUUAGCAGGAUAUGUAGCAAAUACUAACCCUGUUCUAUUUGAUAUAGAAGAAGAAGAAAAAGAAGAUGCAUUGUGUAAACAUAGUGAGAAGAUGGCCAUUGCAUUUGGAUUGAUUAGUCUGAAGGAGGGGUUGCCCAUUAGAAUAGUGAAGAACCUCAGAGUUUGCUGGGAUUGCCAUGAUGUAACGAAGAUGAUAUCUAAAAUUUUUGACAGGGAGAUUAUUGUGAGAGAUAGGAACAGGUUUCAUCAUUUUAAAGAUGGUGACUGUUCUUGUAAGGAUUUUUGGUGAAAUUAUUAGUCACACCAGAACUUUAUUUUCCCCAUAUCGAAUAAUUUAUUAGAUUUCUUUUUCAUCUUUUCUAUUAAAUUGGGUUUCCUAUAAGUAUUAUAUGUGCUAUUAGGUUGGGCCCCAAGCAAAAGGUUCAACUAGUUUA